AUGUCUUCCCCGAACGCUACCGUUUUGCCUGAUAAGGAAACAGGCACCCAACCUACAUCUUAUGCGAGAGCUGCUCGCGUUCGACGACCUACUGCAAUUCGAGAAUCUUUAACCAGCAAUGCACUUGACAAGACCACACAUUCCAAUGUGUGGAAAGUUGGUGGAUCCCCUGCUUCAUUCCCGAGUUUGUUUUUUGACUUCACUUCUCGCAACGAAAACCGUACAACUCUUCUUCGUCACAUAACUGAAAGCUAUCCCGAUAACUGUGGUGCACGCCUACACUCCGAUCACUCACGCCGUAUUGUUGAGCUUUUCAUUGACGACUCAUCCUUGUAUGAAAAAGCCUGCAAACAUGGUCUUCAAUUCUCUGAUGGCUCUCGUAUCAUUCCCACUCGUCCUUUAGCGGAAGACUCCCGCAUCAUCAACAUUCGUCUCAGCAAAUUGCCGUUCACAUCUCGUGAAAAACUAGCACAUGGAAUCCAACAAGCACUCUUACCCUUUGGUAAGAUUCAAGACUAUGGAAUUCUUCGUGACCAUGACUCCCACUUGUUUAUGGGCCAUGGUUACGCAACAUUAGACGUUUCAGCCUCAAUCGAUUUUCUCCCACUCACACACACGAUUGCUUGGCCCAACUCCGCCGACUUCUUUUAUGCAACAUGGGCUGAAAUGCCAUUACAUUGUCUUCACUGUCAUCGCUCCGGUCACUCUAUCUCAUCAUGUCCUAGUCAUCCAAGCCGCAAUCGCCUUUGCUGGUCAUGCGGUCAACCAGGCCAUCGUGCAGCAAAAUGCUCUAAUCAUCGCACCCUCACGCCUACCAGCAACAACAAGUCACCCUUGCCACCAUCGCCUCCCUCGCCCACACUUUCUUCUGCCUACAGCCACAAUUCUGAUGUUUCAAUGCUUUCGGAUGAUCUUUCCAAUCGUGAAGCUCACAACGACCAAAUUAUUGUCGACUUUAUCCCACCUCAGCCCAAUACCGAUCCAAACGCCAAACCUAUCACUGCUAGCCAACGUAGACUACUUAAUCAACUGUUCCCUAUUUCCGAUGAAGCAAGAGCCAUUACUGAAUCCUUAACCAGCGUAUCUUACAACAAACUUUAUGCUGCACUUCUCCAAAACGGAAAAAGUUCCGCGACUCGUUCCCUUUUGCAUCGGGGAGUGCCUCUUCUUCGAGUCACAAUGAUCCGGUUUGAUCCUUUUUUUCUCAAUUAG